AUGACCUCCGAAUCGCCAACAGACGACCAGCAGCACCACCCUCAAGCUGAACAAAGUAGUUGGCUUCAUGUUGACUUGCAAGGCGAACUUCCUACAAAUUCAGAAACCGUAUCUCCCGUAAACUCUGAUACAACCUUCGGACUUCGCGACUGGCUGGCCGCGAAGCGCACUGUCAGCCAUUCUCAUUCUUCAAAAUCGCAUACAUCGGCGAAGGCAAACCCCACUAUGAUAUCUAUUGGAGACUAUCGUCUCCAACGAUCGCCCACCACCCAGUCGGAUUGCGCCCUGUUGAAGUCCACCGCUGACGAGACUCAGCACUGCCUUCAGAAUUGCAAGUCUCGCAAACAAAUAUCCAGGAGCGGCAGAAGCUGGGCAUCGAUGCUAACAGCCAUCUUGGCGCUCUUGUCCACCGCGUUGUCUGGCCUCUUUAUGGUCAUUGCAUUAGUGCAGCCUCGAUACGGAACUCGAGUUUCCACUUACGGAGCAAUUACAAUAACCACAAGCGCAUUGAUGACAGCUGUACUUGCGAAGACCAUCGAGACAACUUAUGUGACGUUGUUCGUCAUCUUUCUGGGGCAGGAACUAAGGCGCCGAGCGCUUUUACGCACGUCUGGAGGAGGGUUCACCCUCGCCGAUGCGUCAAUGAGAAACUGGCUGAUGCAGCUCAUACUGUGGGGAAGGAAUUGGAAGGAGUGGUCCAAGCCGACUGCUGCGCUUCAGAGCUACCAAGCUUAUCUUUCCGACUGGAGGCACGAUUUGAUCGAAUCGAAGAACGCCUCUGGAGCAUUAGGCUCACGUCCGAGACCACCAGCUCAGAAUUUGAGAUUUGGCUCCCUCAAAGAUGUUACUGUCAGAGGAGCGUGGUUACGACAGAGUUUCAAGGAUGAGUAUCCGAUGCAAGACCAAAACAAAAUCUUUGUCUCGAACUUCUCUAUCGUGAUGCCCCAUCCUGGAGUCCCUCAAGCUGCCAGGAACUCGUCGAAUCAUGUGAUUCAGCUUGAGAACCUAGGUCCUACAGCCUUCUACUCCGUUAGAGCAUCUGUGAUGUCCCCAUUUCUUCAAGUGCUAUGUGCGGAGGUUUCGAAGCGCGACAUUUCUCCUAUAGUCUAUGAGACAUGGCCAAUGGCCAAUGCCACCAACUUGAGGAAUGUGUCAUUGAUUGGGCGGCAUUUGUCGAAGAGAAUAGGACGGUUGUGGAUGAUUAUUUCCAAUGGGGACUCGAAAACACGCCUCCAAUUUCUUCCGUCGGGAAAGGUUUUCGUUAAUUAUUACAAUUCUAAUGGAGGCCGUAGACCCGUUUACCUCCUAACUUCUCCCUUUUCAACCGGUGGUGAUGAUGAAUACAAGUUCUGUUUGUUGGAGCCAGGGCUCACGUAUCAAUGUUCCACAAUCUUCAAUGCCAGCACAUCGGCCCCAUCACUGGAGGUGUCCUGCGAUGAAUCUAACUCCUUCUCAGAUACUGGUGACAGGGAUGUGAUCACGGGUCUUGGAGCUUAUUCACUUAACCUACUCGAGGCAUUCUUUUCCAGUAUGGAAUUCGAUGAAAGCUUCGCUAAUACCGAGGGCCAACAAGGAUGGAUGUUCGAUGGUUCAGCGAGCUCCAAUGCUGAGGCUACCAGCCACCCGUCGCCAGCAGAGCUGGUUGCUGUGUUCGUAGCAUUUACUUUGGUCGAGGCCACGAUCGACACGCAAUUCACGGGCAAUUUUGAUUCAAAAUUCGCCCCAAAUUACACGCAAAGGUUUAGGGCCGCCAUCACCGCCCAAGAAUAUGCUUCUGGCGGCGUAUACCCUUAUCAGCGCGCCUUCCACGUCGUCCUCAUAUACGUCUUCGUCACGAACCUCUUCAUCUUACUCUACUUUAUCCGGAAUCCUGGCCGCGUCACCGACUUCUCCGAUCCGCCGAAUCUCUUCGCGAUAGCGAUCAAUUCACCUCCAAGUGAGCGUCUUGCGGGUAGUUGUGGUGGAGGGCCCGAAGGAGAUGAGUAUCAGGUGAUCUGGAAGGUUGAUCAAGAUGAUGGACAUGCUUUCUUGGUUGCUGCGGAUGAGCCGCGUGAUCCUAGCUGUGUAGACACAAGUCGAGCGGGUGAAGAUAUUGAGUUGGAAGAAACGAGUGAGGCUGUGAGGAAGAGGGGCCGCUGGCAUCGCCUCUAA